AACUAUUAUUAAUUGAACUUAAGUAACAUUAUUCAACGCCUAAAAAAAUACUGUACGAAGUAUUGAAUGCACAUAUACUUGUAAAUAGUACAACUCCGUAAUAGAAACGAAGUUUGGAAAAAAAGAGUCAUCGUCAACCUCUCUUCUCUCUCCUCUUCCCCAAAUUUCAUCAUUUACAGAGUGAAGAACUCAGAAGAAGAAAAAAAUAACAAGAAUGGGUUUUGGGGUGUUCUUCAAAACCCUUCUAAUUACAUUUUCAACAGCUCUAAUCACCUACAAUGUCAUAAUCUCUGCAAAUGCACCCUUAAAGCUUGAUUUCCCAGGACCCGAUAACCCAUCUUCACUUGACCCGGUUAUCAAACUCCCUAUUGAUCGCAAAUUGAAACUGGGUUCAUCUCAAAAAAGGCUCUUUCAUACUGCUGUUACUGCCUCGGAUUCUGUGUACAAUACUUGGCAAUGUAGAGUCAUGUAUUAUUGGUUCAAGAAGUUUCAGAAUCAACCCAAUUCUGAGAUGGGUGGGUUUACCCGGAUUUUGCAUUCGGGUCACCGGGAUGAGUAUAUGGAUGAGAUCCCUACUUUUGUUGCUCAGCCUCUUCCUUCUGGGGUGGAUCAGGGCUACAUUGUUCUUAACAGACCUUGGGCAUUUGUACAAUGGCUUGAACAAGCAGACAUCAAAGAAGAUUACAUACUAAUGGCAGAGCCAGAUCACAUUAUUGUGAAGCCUAUACCUAAUCUAUCUCGUGAUGGAUAUGGAGCUGCAUUUCCAUUCUUUUAUAUUGAACCUAAGAAGUAUGAGGCUGCACUCCGGAAGUUUUUUCCUGAGAACAAGGGGCCAAUAACACAAAUUGAUCCCAUUGGAAAUUCUCCUGUAAUUAUUGCAAAGGAAUCUCUAAAGAAGAUAGCUCCCAAAUGGAUGAAUGUUUCAUUGGGAAUGAAGAAGGAUCCUGAAACGGACAAAGCAUUUGGUUGGGUUCUUGAGAUGUAUGCCUAUGCUGUCGCGUCUGCCCUGCAUGGUGUAAAGAACAUCUUGUACAAGGAUUUCAUGAUUCAGCCUCCAUGGGACACAGAAAUGGGAGAAAAGUAUAUCAUACAUUACACUUACGGUUGUGACUAUGAUAUGAAGGGCAAGCUAACAUAUGGAAAGAUUGGAGAAUGGCGAUUUGACAAGAGAUCCUAUGACAAGGUUAAACCUCCAAGAAACUUGACGCUGCCACCACCUGGUGUUCCUGAAAGUGUGGUGACUCUUGUUAAAAUGGUGAACGAGGCAACAUCAAACAUACCAAACUGGUAGUCAUAAUAAGACGUGAUGGAUUACAAUACUGUGAUAAUGUUGUAUUGCUUUCGGUAAUGUGGCUUUGUUGAUGCAAGAUAGAUCCAACUAUACAAAAUCAUAGAUCAUCCUUGAUAGUAAAGGUUUCUUUGUUUCCAUUCCUUUCGAUCACUUCCACGGUGCCACCCCAUAUUUUCGUAUUGCCGAAGUACAAAAUAUAUUGCACCUUAGAUAAUAGUGCAUAGGUGAGUUGUAAAAAGCUGAAAUUCCUCAGAAAAGUUUUGUUAAUAUAGCAAAUUUCUGUGCAAGUUUACGGGAAUCAACCCCAUUUAUUCUCUCUUCAA